GGGAGGGACGGGGGCGAGCUGGACGGCGUGCGGGAGCCGGCGGGGGGGACACCAGCACGGGGAGGAGUCUCGCCGGGGGCUGCAGCCGCGGCGCGCGCAGAGGUUUCAUAGGCCUCAAAGAAGAGAAUGUCGAGACGCAGUAGCCGUUUACAAGCUAAGCAGCAGCAUGCCCAGCCCAGCCAGCCAGACUCUCCACAAGAAGCCCAGAUAAUUCAGGCCAAGAAGAGAAAAACGGCCCAGGAUGUCAAAAAAAGACAAGAGGAGAUCACCAAGAAGCAUCAGUAUGAGAUUAGGAAUUGUUGGCCACCUGUCCUGUCUGGAGGAAUCAGUCCUUGCAUUAUCAUUGAAACACCCCAUAAAGAAAUAGAAACAAGUGACUUCUCUAGGUUUACAAAUUACAGAUUUAAAAAUCUUUUCAUUAAUCCUUCGCCUCUGCCAGACUUAAGCUGGGGAUGUUCACAGGAGGUUUGGCAAAACAUGCUACAAAAGGAGAACAGAUACGUACAUGACAAACAUUUUGAAGUUCUUCAUUCUGACCUGGAACCACAGAUGAGGUCAAUACUUUUAGACUGGCUUUUGGAGGUAUGUGAAGUAUACACACUUCAUAGGGAGACAUUUUACCUUGCCCAAGACUUUUUUGACAGAUUUAUGUUGACACAAAAAGAUAUAAAUAAAAAUAUGCUUCAACUCAUUGGGAUUACCGCAUUGUUCAUUGCUUCUAAACUUGAGGAAAUCUACGCUCCCAAACUCCAAGAGUUUGCUUAUGUCACUGAUGGUGCUUGCAGUGAAGUAGAUAUCUUAAAGAUGGAACUCAAUAUAUUAAAGGCAUUAAAAUGGGAACUUUGUCCUGUAACAGUCAUUUCCUGGUUGAAUGUUUUUCUCCAAGUUGAUGCUGUUAAAGAUGUUCCUAAGGUUCUUCUACCUCAAUAUUCUCAGGAGACGUUCAUCCAGAUAGCACAGCUUUUAGAUCUGUGCAUCUUAGCCAUUGACUCAUUAGAAUUCCAAUACAGAAUUCUGGCAGCUGCAGCCUUAUGCCAUUUUACCUCCAUUGAAGUGGUUAAGAAAGCCUCAGGUUUGGAAUGGGAUGACAUUUCAGAAUGUGUAGACUGGAUGGUGCCUUUUGUCAGUGUAGUAAAAAGUGUAAGUCCAGUGAAGCUGAAGACUUUUAAGAAGAUACCCAUGGAAGACAGACACAAUAUCCAGACACACACAAAUUAUUUGGCUUUGCUGAAUGAAGUAAACUAUGUGAACACCUUCAGAAAAGGAGGGCAGCUGUCACCCGUGUGUAAUGGCGGCAUUAUGACACCCCCGAAGAGUACAGAAAAACCACCAGUAAAGCACUGAAGUUAACAACACAUUGGAAUUGAGCAGAUACUGGAUAGAGUUCAUACAAAUGAGUAAGUUUUACAUAAAGUAGUGCUUUGGCUGUCCUUGCCCGCUGAGGAGUUACACUGCCAUUCUUUUCUUUAAAAACUACAUCAAUUUGGCACUAAAUGCCUAGGAUGCAUGAAGCCCUGGGUUCAAUCCCCAGCACUACAAAGGAACAAAACAAAAAAACUUCAAAAAAAGAUUGGCACUAAAGAAAUUUCCUCUAGCUGUUUAAAAGAAAAGAGGACUUGUUUACAGAGGUGGCUUCACUCCCAAGGACAGUGGAUAGAAGCCAGCAACAAUUUAUGCUGUAGCAGUUGUUUGUUUCUGUGUUUCUUUAAGUUCCUGUGUUACUGUGUUUCUCUUGAUAAACUAGGAAUUUUAUCAUUGGAAUAUGGACAAAACUAGUGCUACUUAAAAGAUGUAUUAGCUGACACAGAACUGUGAAUCUAGAUUUUAGAUUCUUAAAUCCCUAUACUCUUGAAUGGUGCAAUUUGUCUUUUGAAAAUGAAAUUUAAACUUAUUUACAAAGAUUGUUUUGUAAUAAAGUGACUAAUUUAUCUGAAGUUGUUUUGUAACAAACAAUGAUAAAACUUGAAUUUUUACAAAUGGUGAAGUUCAAUCUGUUUUUAACUAGUCUGUUUGCCUUGCCAUCGUAUUUCUUAAUCAGUAAGGCAUUGAACCAAAUGUUUAAACUGUGCUCUAAACGAUGGGAGAACCAAAGAAAUUAUAAACAAGAUAAAUGCUUUGGCUUCUACAGGGGUUUUACUUCAUCUAAGGGUUGCUUUAUAGUCUUUUUAUAUCACAAUCUGGGUAAAACUUUAAUGCCUUUUCAAACUAUAUAAGAAAGUCACUUUAUUACACUAAGCUACCCCUAAGCAUUUUUGAAAUGUAGUAUGACUGAGGCUUUAUGUUUGCAAAACUGGCAGUCCAUUUUUAAGUCCCAUAUUAUGAGGACUGUGUCGACAUGGAAAGACUGAGCAUGUGACCUAAACUUCUAUUUUCUAUGGCAGAAAAAAUAUUAAAUGUAUACUGACUCCUAGAAAUCUAUUUAUUUAAACUUGCUGUAUAUAGAAUAGCUACUUAUGCAUUAAAUAUUUUAAGUUAGCCUUUGAAAAGGAAAUUUGGGCCUAAAAAAGUCAAUUUCAUUAGACAAAAGUGAUACCAGAUUGCCAGGUUACCAGACAUGUGAACCCUUUCUCUCUUUGAAGAAAUUGUAAACUUUUGUUAAUGCGUGAAGUUUUUGUAUAGUUUUUGUCUGAAAAGAAAACACCACUAAAUUGUACAUAUGUAUUAUAUAAACUUAAUCUUUUAAUACUGUUGUUUACUUUUAGCCCAUGUUUAAAAAAUAAAAGUUUAAAAAAUUAA